UGGAGGGCGAUGAAAAAACAAGAGGGCGCGAUCUUUCAAAUAUUUUGAGUUUUUUUACGCGGUUUUCUCAGAUUCCCGCCUACGCAAAAUUUCUCCUCCCUCCAAUAACACUUGUUUGACUUCGAAUUUAACAAUGGACUGAAUGGAGGAACACAUUUACCGAUUUGCCACUGCAGUUAAAAAAUGACAAUACGUCGCCUUGUUCUCGACGACGACGACGAAGUUGAACAACUUCAAACUCCGCAACCCUCCGUCACAUCCACGCCCCAACCUUCAAACUCCUCUAACUUUCCAUCUGUGCCUCUUCUAAUCUCCGACGACGACGAUGAUGCCGCCUUCGUCGACGUCCCCGAUUACCUCUCGCCGCCGCCUCCUCCGCAACCUAGUGCUUCAAGCUGCCCCGUGGGCGACUCUCUUCGUCGGCUGGGACUGGGGCUGAAGAGAGAGUGGGUGGAUGCAUGCCUUGGCGAACUUGAGGGCUCCGUGAGGGGAUUUGCGGGGUUCGAUGUUACUGCGAAGGCCAAGCUCUGUUUCGAGCAAUUUCUCUUUUCGGAUAUGAACUCGUGUGGGAGCGGCGUGCUGCCUCCCAAUGUGCAUUCGAUGCAUCUCGUUAAUCUCUCCGGCCCUUUUGUGUUGCAGGUUGAUGAAAUCCUUAAUAUGAGUUGUCCUCUUCGAGGGAGAUAUCAACAAGCCCCACCCGGAUUAAAGAGAUGCCUGAAGUUAUCAAUGACGGAUGGCAUUCAGAGAGUCUUUGCGAUGGAAUAUAGGCCCAUUCUAUCUCUUGAUGUUUGUGCAUCUUCUGGUUUAAAGGUUGCUAUCUCUAAUGUACAUGUGCGACGUGGGCUUUUGAUGCUUGUCCCUGAGACAAUUGAAAUUUUGGGGGGACUAGUUGAGCAGCUGGAUGCAGCUCGAAAGCGGCUAGUUGAUGAAUUGAACAAGCCACCCAGGGGGAAAAGAACUAAAAAUGGAGUCCUUCCUCCUUUAGCAACUAGAGCAACUCUUGCAGCAUGGCCAGCGAGUACAGUUGAUGAUACUGGGCGCAGCAGCUCUGUGUUUCAAAGUACUGAUUCUGUCCAGAUUAACAACGAAGGUGCUGGCCUGACCAUGUCUGGCACUGGAAACUGUGUAACUACAGAAGAUACCAAUCUCAUGGGUGUACGAAAUGCUGCUUCCAAUUCAAUACCCAGCACGGUUGCAAAUGCUGACACCAUGAAUGUGGAUAUGCAUGCUGAUACCAACCCUGCAAGCUUUGUGAAUUCCACAGCCACUCAAUUCUCUUCAGCAGUUGCAAGGGCUCAGGAGAUGCAUAUAGAUACUGCAGCUAUAGCAGGAGAAAAUUCGGUCGGCAACCAAUCUUCUCAUUUGUCUACAAAUGAUGCAACGGCACAUAAAGAUACUGUUCAUAUAACAAGAACAAGUUAUGUGCCCCCGAAGAGCUCUCCUAUUGUGCAAAAUGUCGAGACAGAUAAGGAUAGAGUUAUUGAAGAUACAGAAAAUGAUCAUCCUAGAGGAUCUUCCUCCACUGUUCCUAACAAUCAUGAUGUCCAUAUGGUUGAUGACGAUUACCACGCCAUUGAAGUUACAGAUAAUGAUCUUUGGAGAGGAUCUUCCUCCACUUCUGUAAACAAUAACAAUGUCCAUAUGGUUGAUGACAGUGACCACCCACGUAUGCUGUCUGCAGACCAAGAAGUUCCUUUCACAUACUUAGCUAGUUUGUCAGCCAAGUGGGUUACAAUGAAGGAGAAAGUUCCUUCAGUUCAUGGUAAAAUUAAGGUAAAAGUUAAUCUAUCCACUAUUUCUUUGAACAAUGAUUUCUAUCCUUGUUUAUGCAUAUGCUGGUUUCUUAUUGAUCAUCAUGUUGUACAGAAUGGAAUUGGCUAUUCUCCGGAGGAAGUCACUGCAGCACUUUCUUCUUCUGACAACAAAAUAGUGCAGAACAUAAAGAACGUAAUGCAUAAGUUCCAAGCAUUUUUAAUAAACUUCGAGGGUAUAAUGCAUGUGGAACUAAAUAGAAAAUCAUCGCUUCCAGUUGCCGUAGAGAUGAGUCAAGGCUGCCCUCAGUCUGAUGCGUGGUUACUUCUGAGACGGCUCAAGUCCCUUUACCCUCCACAAACCCAAACACAUUGUCCUUCGAAUCCAAUUGAAUUGUCACCAUAGUUAUCUGAAUGGGUAGAAUGUUAUAAGUUGGGCUCUGACUAUUGUCAUGUUACCUAUGGCAAACUGCUUGCAUAAUUGAGAUGGACUUGGAUUUGUUGGACAAUUGAAUCAUUUUUUCAUAAAUUUAUGGCUAUGCUCCUUCGCUUGUGUAUUCUACCGAGCUUGAAAUUAUGAUUGGAGUUAUGAAUUAUAAGCAAGCAUUUGGUGAUGUAAAGUAAGACUUAUAGCACAUGGAUGUAUGGAUGUAAUUAAGGCAAUAGGCAUGACAUAUGUAUACAGAAUGGUCGUUCUUUUCAGAACUAGUAAGAGCCUUCUCUUUUCUUUGCAUUAGAUUUUGGGUUCUAACUUCUAAAAAAUUGCGAGCAGAUAUUCUGGAGGAAGAUUUCAAGUUUAGAAGAUUUGGAACAUAUAUA